GGCGUACAUGACCGCGGCUGGACCCUGCCAAGAGUUCACCAACUCAGGCCUCUUCGGUGUUAGCGGCGUCUGUGGAUCCUCAAUUUUCCGUACAUCCAGCAGAGAACGCGUCGUUCGCUCAUUGACGCGCAUAUACUCGUUCAUUCUCUCGACUUGUGCACACGAGAAGAGUCUCUGAAACUCACGACUUCCCCAGCGAUCCGGCAAAACUAAAGCAGUCCGUCACCAUGACCAGCAGCUCAAAGAAGAAGAAGCAGAACAAGAAGAAGGACUUUCAAAAAGCAAAACUGAAGGUCGGAAAGGCGAGACCCAAGGCAGCAAACAGCACAGAUACGAGCUUCCGUGCGAAAUCGAUAUCUCUCAAGCAGCAAGCACUCUCUACUAGUGCCCCAUCUUUGGAAGCGCAAUGUGCGCAUUAUCUGGGUUUACUUAAUCACAAGGCAGACACACAGCGAAGAGAAUCCUUAGCCUUCUUGACAUCAGCCAUCGCAAAUAAUCCGCCUACGGUUCCAUUGCCGCAGCCAUCGUCUGUCAUCAUUCCUGUGGCACAAAAGCUCAUUCUAGAUGGAUCCAACAGCGUUCGUCAACAAUUACUGAAGCUAUUGCAAAGCCUGCCGCCACUCGACAUUGCCAGUCACGCCGACCAGCUGUUACUCCAUACAAGAGCUGCCAUGACGCAUUUAGCAACAGAAAUCCGUUUGUUUGGCCUUGACGUAUUGGAAUGGCUGCUUUCCGUUGCAGGCGAUGAGGUCGUCAGCUGUGCUGGAGGUUGGGUGAAGAUGCUCAAAUGCUUCCUCAGUUUACUCGGUUGGCAGAGCGAAGCGUCGAGCAAAUGGUCAACUGCCAGAUCGUAUGGAAAGGCUGAUACGAAGAUGCAAGUCAAGCAAAUGAACGCGUUGACUUCCUUUCUCCGCGCGGGACUCUCCCACAGGCAGACAAUAGCUUCUGUGGACCUCAGCGACAACAACUUUCCACUAUGGCAUACUCAGCAUCAUAUUCUUUCCCAGCGAUCGGACGUCUAUGCGCAUCUCAACUUGUUUGGCGCUGCGAGAGACGAGGAAGCAGAGAUGUAUGAAGACCGCGAAGAUCGACAACGACUAUUUCGAGACCGGGCCGAGGCUGCAAUCGUCGCAGGAUUGGAGCAAGCUACCAAAGGUGGUGGAGAGCUGGGCAGAGCGGGUGCGCAACUUCGCAAAGCCGUUAAAGAAGGUAUGGCGGACUUCUAUCGAGAGGAUACAAUGGUUUAAAAAUGCGAUCCUCCAUUCUACUCAGUCUGAAUGUAGUUCGUACUACUGCAUAGCCGAGGGAGAUCAACGGGAGUACCUCCAGAAGUGACAACGGACAAUGUCUGGUGCUAUCUGACAACAACGCC